GGGCAGCUGGGAGACGGAGACAGGCGGAGACGAACCACGGUCGGCAGAGGGAAGCCGGAGAGGAGAGGAAAGGCAGCACAAGCGGCAGAGCACUCCUUGACCGACGCCGGCAUGGGCUCCUUCUUCACCAUCACCACCAGCUUCCUCCUCUUUCUGGCGUUCCAGCUGCCAGGGCCAAGCAGAGCCAACCCUGUGUACAGCUCCGUGUCCAACGCUGACCUGAUGGAUUUCAAGAAUCUGCUGGACCAUUUGGAGGACAAGGUGCCUAUGGAAGAGGAGCUCGUGCCCCCGCAAGUGCUCAGCGAGCAGAAUGAGGAAGCUGGGGCAGCUCUCAGCCCCCUCCCCGAGGUGCCGCCCUGGACCGGGGAAGUCAGCGCAGCCCAGAGAGAUGGGGGUGCCCUCGGACGGGGCCCCUGGGACUCCUCCGAGAGGUCUGCCCUCCUGAAAAACAAGCUGAGGGCGCUGCUCGCCGCCCCCCGGAGCCUGCGGCGGUCCAGCUGCUUUGGGGGCAGGAUGGACAGGAUCGGAGCCCAGAGUGGGCUGGGCUGCAACAGCUUCCGGUACCGAAGAUAAUGGCCAGGCCUGGGCGGACUCCGAGGCCCGCGCCCCCGGGGGUCUCGCGCUCCACCGUGUACCACCUCAUUGCCAUCCGGCUGAGCUGUGACGAGCACCCUGUUCGAGCUGCAGGCGCCCGUCUGCACUUGUCACCUUUUGUGCUAAACGUAGAUGAAGUGGUUUGACUGUGGCUUCCCCGCCUCGCCCGCCCCGUGCAUUAUUAACGUUGUAGGGUAAACCCUCACCUGUGAUGAUUGAAAGAGGUUUGAAAACGAAUAAACUUCAGCACC